CCACAAUGCACCUCCAGACAUCGGAUGAAUCCGAGUUAUAAAAGCUCUCUUAACCCGGCAGGUCGUCUUCAAAAGUAUCCAAUCGGCAGAGCAACUGGCCGUGGAUUUUCUCUUUAGAUUGUCCUUGCAUUUCAGUUUCUACUGACUUCACGUAGAUUUGGAAUCCACAAUGGUCGAGAUUCACACAGUCUACCCUACCAAAAAAUACAAGCGCCCACCUCCACCGUCAGCAAUAGCACUUCAUGCUCUGGAUCUCUGUCCUCCCGUCCAGAUCCGUAAUCACCGGUUUUACCACCGCCCACCGUCUCAUUUGUUUGGCACCACUACGGACCUAAUAGAUAAACUGAAAUCCUCUCUUGCCCAAGCACUCGAGUUGUAUCCGCCCGUUGCAGGAACUGUACGAGCCAAUGAAAAGGGCGUGGCUUACAUUGCUAUGGAUGCCGAAAAUGUGUUGGGUACACCGUUCCUGGUCGAACUGAAAGACACGCCGUAUGUUGGCGAUAGUGAAGAUUUAUGCCCCCGAAAUAUCGUGCUCCUACCUCCAGGAUCAAGCACGUUAGCAGUGAAAGUAACUCAGUUUUCCUGCGGAACCAUCGCUGUAGCGGCAUCGGUGCACCAUCAAGUCACUGAUCUUCGGGGCUUUCUCGAUUUCCUUGAACUCUGGGCUCAGAUUGCUCGAGACGAAACCAUCGAUUUUACACAGAUUCCAGAGGAUUGGUCUCGUACUCCCGGUCGAUUUUUCCCUGAUGUUACCCAAAAAUCAGCAGUCUCUAACCCUCCUCCAGGAUUCAUGGUUCUUCCUGCACCGCCAGCCGGACCGCCUCCAUUCUUAUUGGCACCAUCAGAGGUUUCAAGAUGGAGAUUCUCCAAAAGUGCUGUAGAACGACUGAAAAAUGAUCUUUCACGCUCUGCUUCUUCCAAAGGACACAAGUCCGAUCUGUGGAUUUCAUCGGGUGAUGCACUUUCUGCACUACUUUGCGGUGUCAUUACGCGUGCGCGCGAAAAUGCGCAUGUGCCGAGGUUGGAAGGAAGAUCUAGUUCCAAGUCACCGACCGAGGCACUUAUGAUGGCCGCUGAUGGUCGAGAAAGAUCUCCUCAAGGAAACAUGAUUGGUGGAAAAUACUUUGGAAAUUUCAACCCACUUUUCAGUACUGCCAUCUCCCGCUCCGAUUUAUUAUCCCUCACCUGCGAGUCCGCAUCUCGUGUUGCCCUCGACAUUAGAAGCGCUAUAAACCAUCAGCUCUCACCGGAAGCCAUUGCCCAUAAGAUUGCGUUUUUUGAAGCUACCGAAAACAGCACACCUCCUGGUCGUAUUGCUUGGACAGCAGAUGUGAUAAUGACCAACUGGUGUCGAUUUGAUUUACAAGGGCCAAAAUUAGAUUUUGGUUGGGGAAAACCGUUUUAUGCAACGGCUGGGGGAGGUACUUAUCCUCCCGCUUACGUGAUUUUGACGCAGGAGAAGACCUCUGGGGAUGUUUUUGUUUUGAUGACAGUGGAAGCGGAAGGUGCGGAUAGAUUGAAAACAGACCCAUUGUUGAAUAAGUAUGCAGAACUGGUCACAGGUCAUUAAAGUCGAUCAUGCAAUUUGACACUCGCUGUAUAUAUCUAUAGACCCUUGCUUAUUACCCGCUGUAACUAUAUAGAUCAACUGUACGGUAGUGACACUGUAAUUACAACCUGACGAUGACUAGACAUGAAGGAUAUACAAGCUUUCAUCUUGAUGCCCACAUAGCAAAAUAUUCCCAAAUACCGUAGUGUAGCCG